AUGCCAAGGAAACGAAGAGUCAAAUGCGAUGAGACUAAACCAUCCUGUCGACGCUGCCUCUUCUCCAAGGUUUCAUGCCUUGGAUACCCCAUUGGCGCGCCAGCAGGUCCCUCGCUAAGGGCAGCAGAAGCGGCACUUCUAUCUAUCCGCAGUCCCUCGCGCAGCCCGACCUCUUCUCUAGAUCGCUAUUCCUAUCUUACCUGCACAGUUCUCAGUCAAGGGCCACGUCGCGCAAAAAGUGACUCUGAGAUUUCAUUCUGGAGCUAUGCUGUCCCCCAGAUGAUCCACACAAUACCAGCUGUGCAAGCUGCUGCGGCUGCAUUCGGCGCUUCGUACAAUGAGCAUAUGCUCAGAUCUCGGGAAGAAAUGGCAACAACACGACAUUACCAUCAAGCGCUGAGGCUAGUGCAAAAUGAGGUUUUAGAUCUUCGGAAUGGUGCUUUGCCCUGUAUGCUCGCAUGCCUACUCAUGGCCUUCACUGAAACUCUGCAGCAGCGAAGUGACAGGGGAUACAUGCAUCUUCAAGGCGCUUUGGCAGUGAUGGGCGCCCGAGGGAACAAUGGCGCGAAGCCUUCGAUUGAUGAUGAUGGACUAGCGAUUUUAUUCGAGAAGCUCAAUCUCCAUUCGGUGACCUAUGCUACGAGUCUAGACAUACCGUUGACUGGUGAAUCCAACAGACUAAGCAUGGCUUUAAUGUCUCCAGAUCGAGCAUUGUACUCCAUACUACACGCCAGCUACCGUUUUAUCUCAUCAGCAUUCCCUUGCAAAUACGCUCACCCUGCUCAAAUUCCGUCCGAUCUGUUGAUUGAGCAGGGGAGAUGUCGUGGGAACCUGCAACAGUGGUUAUCAUCCAACCAACUAAACCCCCAAUACAGCGUCUUGGACCCGCGGAACGAACAAAUACUUGUCCUUCGGAUGCAGUGCUACACCGCACUCAUAUACGUCUCCAACGCUCUCCAACCUUUCGAAACAGCAUAUGACAACUACGCUCUCGAGUUCCAAGAGAUCAUCGCAUCGGCCAAAGCAGUUCUCGACAUCAGAUCGAGCGACAAGUCUUCAAAUCCCUUGCCGCUAUUUACACCAGAGAUGGGUAUCAUCCAGCCUCUCUUUUUCGCGACGCUCAAGUACAGGAACUCCUUCUGGCGAAAAAAAGGAUUGGAUCUGCUUCGGAAGAGUGGAAGAGAAGGUCCAUGGUGCGGAGCCAUCGAAGCCCAGAUACUUGAGGUCGUGAUCGCAGCUGAAGAGAACACAUUGAACAACUUGUCAUCCACCCUCAACGAAAUGCAAGGAAGCAUGCAAUCUAUAGAUGUUCCUGGGCAUCAGAGGGUUCAUCUAUGUCUAGUACAAGAUUACCUUGACAGACGAUACGAAAGCAUCACUCUCGACAAAGGCGCAGGAAGUCCAGCUCGCUUCGCAAAAGUGCAGCUAUGCAAGUGUCGAGAUUUAGAAGGUAUGCUAAGCGAUGAGACUAGAGGUCCACGAAAGAACUUUUGGGCGGAUGAGAGAUAUUGGGAUACAUGGCAUAAGAAUGUACCUCUACCAGAAUAG